UUCUCGCGAGAACAGCGCGUUGUUAUUGCUACAGAUAGUAUAGCCAACUCUUAGCCAGGCUAUCCAGAUAUCUGCAGUCUUUCUGAAUUGCUGGACUGCGAUGGAUUAUCUCGGAGCCCAAGACGAGGCAGAGAGACCCCGACAUCGUCCUUUCCUGAUAGGAGUCAGCGGAGGAACCGCCAGUGGCAAGUCAACAGUUUGCGCCAAGAUCAUGGAGCUCCUGGGCCAGAACAAGGUGGACCACCGCCAGAGGAAGGUGGUCAUCAUAAGCCAGGACAGCUUCUACAGAGUGCUGACUGCAGAGCAAAAGGCGAAAGCACUGAAGGGCCAGUACAACUUUGAUCACCCAGAAGCAUUCGACACCGAGUUAAUGUACAAAACCUUGACAGACAUCGCGGAGGGAAAGGUGAUCGAAGUGCCAACGUAUGACUUCGUCACUCACUCCAGGUUGGACGACAGGAUCACGGUUUACCCAGCAGACGUCGUCCUCUUCGAGGGGAUCCUGGUCUUCUACCCCCAGAAAGUGCGCGAUAUGUUUCACAUGAAGCUCUUUGUGGACACGGACUCCGACGUCAGACUCUCUCGCAGAGUUCUUCGAGACAUGACCAGAGGGAGAGACCUGGAGCAGAUUCUCACGCAGUACACCACAUUUGUCAAACCUGCUUUUGAAGAGUUUUGUUUGCCUACAAAGAAAUAUGCCGACGUCAUCAUUCCAAGGGGAGUUGACAAUAUGGUGGCCAUCAACCUCAUCGUACAGCACAUCCAAGACAUACUGAACGGAGAACUCUGCAAAUGGCAGCGUGCGUCCAUUAGCAGCCACGCGCGAGGCUUCAAACGGGCCAUUUCUGAGCAGGGAGACCUGCAGAACGGAGCCGCUGCAGGAAAGAGAGUCCUGCUGGAGCCCAGUUGUCGGCCUCACUGAGACUGUGUGUGUGUGUGCGUGUGUGUGAGUGUGAGUGUGGGGGGGGUAGAUGGAUGUUUCCGGACUGUGAAUAUGAGCGUCGAGUUGGGAUUGCUGCAACCGGUUUGUGCAGGAUGGGUCCGCAAGUCUCACCCUCUGCAGAAUUUUAAAAGAAAAGUACCCACAAUCCCACGGUGCAAGCAUUCAGUGCUGCACCCACUUCCUAAUUCUGCUGUAAUUAUUGGACCAUAACCGAUAUGUUAAUAGAUGCUUUUCACAACAGUAACAGUCUUCCAUUAGGUUUGUGUGUUCAGGUGACGGUUACUGAGGCGGAGGGCCGGAGCUGCAACUACAGAUCUUCAUCAUCGAUUCGUCUGACGUUUCUUUUCUAUAUUAAUCUCGUCUUGUUAACCCAAAGAUAUCCACGUCCAAGCGUGAAACAUGAUGUUAAAGAGAGUUCUAUUUUUCUGUCUGAUGGUUGCAGCUCGAGGAGGAAGCGACAUUUAAAUGUUUAAUUUAUCGUCAUGCGUUUGCACUUUGACCUUUAUAUUUUGUACUUGCUGUUUUGUUGCUUUAAUUGAGAUUCUAUUUAAAUUAUAUUCACAAUAACCUGUUGUUAUCCGGCUGCUUUCCCCGUUUGUUUGAACUUAUCUAAAUCGAGUCAGGCCAGACGGCCGUGUGGUGUCGUAGCGUCAAACCUACAUUCUUCACAGAGUGCUUCCUUUCAAUUAUUUACAGUUGAACACAUGCCUUAAUUUUUUUUGAAGUUCAUUUUCCACUCACCAUUCUGUACAACAAUAAAUGGAAAAGUAAGUCUGAA